AUGUUGGGAGUGGGGCUUUUAUUCCUGAUCCAAGCUGUUAUGGCGCAGGAGGACUCAACAACAGAGAGCUUCUGGGUAUUUCGUCUGGCGACGAACUUGAUGGGCUACGCUUCCAUCAUUGUUCCGGCGAUCUUCCUCAAGCGUCAUCUUGAUAGCAGAAAUUACAAAGAUAGCGGAUCCGGAGUCUUCUACCCCUACUUGGUCAACUUCUUCUACGGCAAGGACGUCCAUGACAUUGAACAAGGAUCGAAAGAUACUGUAUCUCCGGCAGCAAAGCCACAAAUGACCACUGUUCAAAUCGCCAUCAAACUUGUCUUUUGCGCCGGCGGUCUUUAUUCUUCCUAUUUGACCUGGGGUGUGCUUCAAGAGCGAAUUAUCACACGAAAAUACGGUGCUAAUGAGAACAACGAGGGCGGCGAAAAAUUCACCGACUCGCAAUUCCUCGUCUUUAUUAAUCGAUUCUCCGCUUUCAUCAUCGCCGGAAUCUAUCUUCAAAUGAAACGACAGCCCAAGCAUGGGUAA